AAAAUGUUUACUUUCUGUAAAGAAUGGUUCAAGAUUCUUCAGAAAUAUUCCCAAAGAGAAUGAAUUCUCAACAGUAUCAAACAAGACCUGAAGGAUCUGAAAGAACUUUCAGAGAAGACUUCUCAAGAAAGAGGAAAUGCAAGUCCUCCGGACUUGCAUUCUACCUUAGAUAGAACUCGUGAGCAAGUCCUUCUGAAAAUUUCAGGGCUCAAAGAAGACGACGAGAUUUUGUAUUGAAAUAUUAAAAGAUGAGUCAAUACUUUUUCGAAAGUAUUCAACUUUUCGAUUAAGUUCUUAUAAACUACCCUGAAUACUACUACAAAAGUAACAGAGGUAUUACUGCUUCUCCUCGUUCCCGUUCGGAUCUAGUCAGAAAUAGUGGAAAAUUUAAUAGAAGAAAUCACUUUCCAGUAAGAGUGACUUAUAAGAACUCAGAAUUGUUCAAAAAUUUAUUCCCAAGUCGGAAUAUGUUAGCUAAUGAUAUACUAAGGCUGAAGGAUAACCUCAGUCAGAUUUAAAACAGUAUUCCAAGUAUAAAGCAUUUCA